AGAAGAAGAGUCCUCUGAGCUACGUAACUGUAUCCUGGUUGUUGCUUCUUGUGUCUUCACCUCAUUUUUCUUCUGUUUGUCCGUGUUUUGUGACUACAGACACGUCGUAUAAACUGCAUUUCUCGGGUCGUCUUGUGUCUGAAGUUUGGGAAUCUUCAUUAAAAGAAGUCAUGUUUCGCCGCAGAAUGCCUUUCACACAGCUCGCCUUUGCCACAGUGCUCGGAGUUGCUGGUGGUUUUUAUAUCUACAGACCUUAUUUCGAGACAGUGCCGAAGACUUCUGGACAGCAAAAUCAGGACGUGCCAAAGAAACAGAAUGAAACAGACUGAAGGAAUUCGUCACUCCCAGGAAAUACCUCACAGACAGAAGCCAGAACAAUCAGAGGCUGCUGGACUGUCACAGCUGGACUCAAUGGCAAACAAAAGACCAGACCAGUAUGGAUAAAUUCACGUUUGUCUAUGUUUCUCUGUGUGAAUGUAAAUGUACAAAAUAAAAUAUUUAAUAAUCUGA